UUCGUUCGUAUUGCAUUUAUUCGUAUUUUAUAUUAUUUUAUUUCUCUGUACUAAGAAACAAUGAUCGUUGUUGAGUAACUUUUCGGAGACAUAAUAGUCAUUCUACAACGGAACAUUGAUGUUAAGAGUUAGAUUAAUAGCUCAUACAACACUUUACAGAGUGAAAAGACUGGUGAAGCUGAAAUAAUAGCAUGAAAAAAAUCCAUUCCUAACACAAGCCUUUUAAAUUCCAUUUUAAUUUCAGUUUAUUUCAUAAAGUCUCAAAAUUUUCGUCAUACAACUGCGAACUGAUUACUUUAAUAAAAAGGCUAGCGAUUUGUUAAUCAUUUAAAUUGAUGCCAGUAUUUCACAGGUAAACAUUAACCAUUUUUUCGAUUCCAGAAGUAUAAAAAAACAAAGUUGACCAGGUUUGGAUUUCAACUCAGAACAUAAAGGGACGUAUGUAAUACAUAAAGAUUUUGGAAAAUGGAAUAUGAAGAAGAGAUUAUGACUUCAGUAUCAGACUCAAAUAUUUCUCAGCUGCCAGUUCAAGAUAUUCUUUGGAUUCUUCAUGCUGAGAAAACUAUUCUUGAAGAUUCAGAAGAAGAAACUGCUCUAAUUCUUUGCGUCCAAGAUGAAAGAGGUUUACAGUUGACAAGUGCUGUUUUUGAGUCAAUGCUUUCUCUAGAAUUUUCUUCUAUCUUUUACCUUCUAAGUGAAGCCAUGCUGCACCCUCUCAAAGGAAAAUCCCGGAAACCUCGUUGUUUGACUUGCAACACACCUGAUCUCUUCCAACGUUUGAAAUCAGGACACAGCAAACUGGAUGAGAUUUGUCUUCCGAUAUUCUAUAGCAGUGACAUUGUUGUUCCAGCUCGUUCUCAGACUUCUUUGUUCUAUCAAUGCAGUACUUGUCAUAUCAGAGCAACACCAGAUUACUUCCAGACUUGCAAUCAAUGCAAGUCUGUGAGAUAUUGUAGUCAGAAGUGUCAGUUGAUAGACUGGAGUGGUCAAGUGCCAGGAGAUCCCAAAAGUUCUCAUCAAGAAUGGUGCCUCAAAAUGCAGACUUACCAAGAAGUCACAGACACUUUGGCUGAUCUUCCAUUUAAUUAUAAUAAAGAGACUACAUCUCAAGAUUUCACACCCAAAAAAUAUCAAGAAUUUCUGGUUCUUUAUGGAGUUUACAAUAUUGGUGUUUGGCGCUAUGAAUGUCCUUCAAAGCAGUUCUCAGUUUGGGAAUAUGGUGAACUUACAGAAGUUGAUUUUCCAUUUGUUUUGGUCGAAGAACGAGAACUAGGAUGUCUAUCAGGAUUGAAACAGCUACAACAUGCACACCAAACAGAGAUAGGAGACAUUGCCAACUGGUUUUCCUACUACAAAUGGCGUUCAUUUAGCCUCGACAGUCCCAUUGCUAUCCUCCUCACCUACCCUUUGACCCUUUUUUACAUCAUAACUUCAUGUCUUCAACUACAUUAUCCAAAUUUUGGCAUAGAACUUCCCAAACAAUUAGUGGUUCAUGUGAUUGGUGCUGAGAAAGAAGCUGAUAUGUUUCAUUAUUUUAAGGAACUUACUUGCCUGCUGCCUUCCUAUUUACUAGAAAUUCACCUGUAUGGUAAAAAAGUCUCACGAAAAGCAAAUGGCUGGAAGAAGCUGGCAGACAACAUGUCAUUUCAGCUGCAUCGAGGACAUUGGCAUAAUUUUUCAGGAGAAACUCCUCAUUUUGUAAUAGGUUUUAAUGCUGGUCUUGGUGCCUAUAAAUCUUGGACUGAGACUCUUAAACGGCUGCAUAAAGAGAACAUUGCUGCCUAUUUCACUGAAUUUUGUCAGCACAGUCAUGACUGGUCAGCUAUGUCUCUGAAGAAACUGAAAUCCGGAAUUAGGUUAACGACACCCAUAAUCAACCCAUUUAGAAGCCCUGUUCGAAUGUUUUCUGAUGAAAACUGCUUGCCUUCAUAUAGCAAUGCUUUCCUCAGCCACCUGGAAUAUGAAAAUAUUGACAUUUUGAAUAAUUGUUGACAUUAUUUCAAUGAAGAUUUUGUGUUUUAGAGUCGUCAUUAACCAUUUCUGUUUUCCAUAUUCAUUCGAGUUAAAAUAGUUUGGAAAUUAGGAUUACUUUUACCUUCAAACAUAUCCUUUUACAACAAAGUACAAUGUGUUGUACUCUUGGACUAAGUACUCAUUUCUAUGAACCCAUCUCCCUGACACCAUCAAUUAACCAAAUGUUAAUAAUUUUGAAAACAAUUCAAGUAAAUGAAGUCAGAGAAGUAAUGCUUGUCACCACUUCAACAUGGCUGUUCCAUAUGAACUGAUGUUCUACUAUUUUUAACUCCAAGAGGGUGCCUCCUCUAGCUGGUUAUCGAUGCAAUUUGCACCCAACAGGGGAACGAACCCCUACCAUCUAGCUAGAGAUAUUGUGUGUUGCACAAGUUUUAAACUAUUCUAGCAACCUGUAAUAGAAAUCAGAUUAAAUGUCUUCUUCUGUAGUCCUAAGCCAACCAAAGCCUUGUGAGUGGAUUUGCUUGAGAGAAACUGAAUAUAUAUUUAAAAUGUAGGUGUUUGUGCACACCUUUGUCUUGAAUCUAGACAUUAAGUGAUGGUUGCAAAUGAUUGUUCAUUUCAAGUGUUCAGUGAAGACCAUGCCAGGCCAUAGGUGAGGGGCAGUAAUAUUACGUUGCUUUGAAACAGGUAAGGGUUGGUGACAAGAAGAACAUCUGGCUGCAGGAAUUGUACAACAAAUUCUGUCUGACCCAUGCAAGCAUGGAAAAAAAAUGGACGUCAAAUGAGGAGAUAUAUAAGUGUGGCUGUGUGAUAAGAAGUUUACUUCCCAACCACAGUUUCAGGUUCACUCCCACUGCAUGACAUCUUGGGGAAGUGUCUUCUAUAGCACCUUACUAACCAAAGCCUGUGAGUAAAACAGGUAGAUAGAAAUUGAAAGAAACCCAUUCUGUAUGUGUGUGUACGUCCUUGACAUAUGAUAAUUGUUAAUGAGUGUUACUGUUAUAAAAGUUGUCAUUUCCAGUCUUCCACAAAAUCAUGACCAGCCAAGGAUUGGUAACAAAUGGCAUUCAGGUAUAAAUUGGGUACGAUAGCCUCAAUUGAAGUGAAGACUUACAAGUGAGAUUUGGUAAACAGAAACUGUGUAGAACCUCAUUGCUGGGACCAUUCCUGUGUAGGGUGGCAGAUUUACUCAAUUGCAAGAGAUAACACCAGGUCUUGGGCUUUUUGUGAAUCCUACUCGGUUGAAUCAUUCAGGCCAGAUCUCCAGUUUAACAAUGAACUUCCUCUCUCCAGUUUCUAAGAUCCUAAAUUGGAGGGCCUUGUAGGUGAUGUCCUUUUUCAGGAAACAUUAAUUAAAAUUAUGGAAAUGUAUUCUGCAUCUCAAAUGUUUGGACUUGUACUGAAACUAAAUUACAUGGUGCAAGAUAUAAGUUAGCCAUUCAGAAUGUGAUGCAGUAGAACUUCUUUGUCUGAAGAGGUCACAGUUUCAAGUGGUGUAAAUUUUGAUAUAUUACAAAUGAAUGUUUCAGUGAAGUUGAUGGUCUAAAAGCAUUUCUGAAUGGCUAACUUGUGUCAUCUAUGUUGCAAUCACAUUAAAAUAAAAUAUAUUAAUAACUACACAGAUUCUUUCAUUGGUUUCAAAUUCCAGUAAUUAUGAUUUUAAUUAUCAUGUAACAUCAGUCUUCCAUGCUGGAUGGUUUGAUAAGAUCCAAGUGAUUAGAAGACUGCAUCAAGCUCUCAUGCCUGCUUUGGCAUGGAUUCUAUGGCUGAAUGCCUUUCCUAAUGCACAACCACACUACAGAGUGUACUGGGGCUUUUUUUUUCCCCAUGGCUCUAGCCCUAAUGAGGUCACCAUGCAACCCAAAAAGGUGAUAACCUUCAGAUGAGUGGGGCUACAGUAGAGAGAGGGAUAAAAACUGAGCAAGAAGGUGCUGGAACUAGUUCAUUGGCUGUAAAGAUGCAACACAGCUUUAGAAAAAGAGUGAUCAGGGUGAACUGGAAAGAGAUAAAAGUAAUGGUGACAGGUAUUUGGGUGGAUCUCAAGGUAAGAUGAGUACAAAUGAUUGGGGAUAGUUGAACAGAAAGUGUGUAGGUAAGUAGCUUUGCAAAAGAGAUGAUUAGAUAUAAAGAAUGGGUGAGGAGGAUUACUAUGAGAAACAAAUUUUGAAGGAUGAUGAAAGUAGAGGAGGUAGGAAGUGUAGAAAUUAGGAUGAAGGAGGUGAGGGGUAACCAAUGAUAAACAAGUUGGUUGAGAUUAGGGAGAGAUGACAGUAGGAAAAGAAGAAAAAAAGGUAGAUGAAUAGAAGCAGAAUAGUAAAUGAUACAGCAGACAGAGGAGGAAAGAAAAUAUGGAGAGAUGACGUGGUUGGAUAGGUUGUAAGAAUGGGGAUAGUGAAUGAGAAGAUGUAUGGUGGUGGAGGGGAGAUAAUUUGGUGACUCAGGAGGGUAAUCAAUGUAAAAUGUGGGUGGAGAAGAUAUGAGUGGUAGAAAUGUUUUUAGGAAGAAAUUGGGCUGGGUUAUGCUUUCAAAAUCAUUUUUGACCAAGUUGGGUGGGUCUUCUUGAGAACCACAUACCAUCAAUCCUCCUCGUCCUUUGUAGUCUUCUGCAUGAGGUUCAAAGUCCCGAGAUCAGCCUCCACCACUCCAUUUGCAGGUCUUCCUGGAUUUUCCUCUUCUACAAAUGGUUUAACCUCAUCACAAUAUCUCUCUCUGUAUUAUAACACUGUUUGCCUCACAACUUUAUUACCAUCAUUUGUAUGAGUUACAUGCAUGAAUAAUGACAAAGACAAAGUUGAGAGAAUAAAGCAAUUUAUUUUCAGAUAUAUUAAACUCUAGAGAACAAUAAAACAAAAAAAAAAUGAUAAUAAUAAUAAACAAACAAAAUAGACAAUAGCUACAGUUAUAAUAAUAAUAAUAAUAAUAAUAAAUUUGGCAUGUUUCUAUUGCAAACCAAUGAAACAAUUAAAAUGCAACUGGUAUGGAGAUUAUUUUCAAAAUCACUAUCAUCACAAGACAUUCAUGAUUUCAUCACUCAGGGGUUGGUUUGGACAGAUCUUCAAAAUGUGAGUUUACCAUAAAUGGCAAGAUGUUUGGACAAAUCUUUAAAGUGUGAUAUCGUCACAAUUGGACGGAUCUGCAACACAAUGUUAUUGUUUCAACUAUUUCUAGUUUUCUAUCAAUUCUACAAGAAUACUCAACUCUCCUUAAGUCGCAAAUUACUAUAUCACACAUGCAUGCAUGCACGCACGCACAAGAUCCUACCUUCAUCUCAUCACCUGAUUAGCAACAACAAAAAAUACAUUAAUUCUUUUUUAAUCUCCAGUCCAACUCACAUAAUGCCAUUCUUAUGUUUAUUUCCAGGAUUGUCUAUAAAGAAUGCCAUCAUAUUUAUUACAUUUUCCAAACCCAGCCACUUUCGCUAUCCAUUUUCUCUCACCAUACAACCAGCUUUAGAUAAAAUAACCUUUUUCUAAUGUUUAAGUUUAAAAUAAACAUAAGGGUUUGUUUUUACGUCUAGAUUGGCCAUAAUUUCUAGAUCUACCACAACACUUUAACUACUAAAAUUUUAAAAAGAAAAUCUGAAAGAAAUGGAGGAGGAAAAGCAAAAGAAAGAUAACAAAACAGACAAGAGUAAGAGGAGGAGGAAGGUCAAGCAAAAGGAGAAGAAUAAGAUGAAGACAAUGUAGGGAAAAUAGUAGCAGCAUUAGUAGUAAUAGAAGAAAUAUUUGCAAAAAUUGUAAUCUCAAAAGAUAGAAAUAAUAAUAAUAAUAUAUAUAUAAAUUUGAAAAUUGAGAUUCAAUGGGUAUAAAUUUAUUAAUUAUUUAACAUUGCCUUCACACCCAAUUUAAAUUACAAAACAUAAUAUUUUUGCAAAUUAAGUAGUCUGUGUGGAAGAUCUUCAGGGCAAAUUGGACAUUAUAGAGUCUGUUGGAGUAUUUCAAUUGAUCAGAAUGUAAACUAAUGUUCAUUUUGCCCUGAAGAUCUUCAACCCAGACUACUCAAAAUGCAAACUUAUAUUAUUGUGUUUUGUAAUUUAAAUUGGGUGUGAAGUGAAACAAUUGUAGGGCAAUGUUAAUUAAUUAACAGGUUAAUCCAUUGAAUCUCUCCGUUUUCAAACUCUUUAAUAAUAUUUGAUGUUUUAUAAUAUAUUUAUUGAAGAAAUAUCUCUUCAAAACAUAUGUUAAACCAGGGUAUCUUGGAUAAAACUAUCCUUAUAAGAGGUAUAAAUUUAUGUUUAGAAUAAAAUAAAAAUUUUGGUCAGCUGCAUAACAUAAUAGAAUAAACAUGUACCUAAUAUACAUACAUGUAUAUUAUAUGUAUAUACACACACGAGUGUGUGUAUAUAUAUGUUCAUAUUGAAAUAUGUAGUGUGCGCACAUAUACGCACUCACAAUACUACAAAUUUCUGGUGCAGUCUAUCAUCAAUGAAUCACUUAACUGCAAAUGGGGAGGCACAGCUCAUCUGCAGGCAGCUGAAGAUGGGGAAGGGGAGAGGUGUAUAAUUAACAAAGGUUUCAUUGUAUUGCAGUGUUUAGGAUACGAAAUCCCUCUCACAACAUUGACAGCAGAAAGAGAAGGAAAGCUACACUUCUUUCUUGAAAGUGAGGGAUAGUGCGGGGCAAGGAUUGUUUUGCCCUUGUAUUUUAUUAGGAAAGGGGUGGGAUGGGGUCAGUCAGUAGGCCCUAUUUAUCACAUACAUGAUAAUUGAAUAUUUGAGUUAUGAGAGCUAAGUUUCACUUAAGUAUGAGUGAGAACUUAAGUGAAUGGAAGAGGAUUCUACCUCUAGGUCGCAUUACGGGAUGGAGCAAGGAUUAAUCCAGGAUUAAGAAAAAGCCACAAAAAGAAAUUUAAUCUCCUUAAAGUGGAACAAUUUUCAUCCCUUACUAUUUUCCAGAAACUUCUUUGAUGGAAAGUGCUGUGCCUUCUUUAUCCAACUGAACAUACAAAGAAAAAAAGAAAUUAAACUUUGAAAAGCAAGGAUUGGGUUGAGGGUUCUAUAUAACAUCGGGACCAAUUUCUUUCACUUUACACACAGACCUCUCAACACUCACUUUUCGAAAGGAGCUGAUAUACUUAACUACUUGGUCAUUCUUUUUUUUGAACGACCACAAUGGUCAAAAAGUGA